AAUGACAAAAAGAGGGGUGGGACUUUGAAAGAUGUUGUCUUAACCACUGUUUAAAAAGGUUCGUGUCUGUGUGCUCUUCUCAAAUCCCUCUCUUCCACCCUGCAGAUCUGCAGAAAUUUUCAACUCAAAUUUUCAAAUCUUCAAACUUUGCCAACAUGUCAGGGAUCCCGCAUGCAAUGGCAAUACUCAUGGCUACCUUCGACAAAUAUGCUGGAAAAGAAGGAGACAAAACCACUCUGACCAAGGCAGAACUCACUGAACUGCUCCAUAAUGAGCUUCCUGUGGGAGGAGCCCCAGACAAAGCCGCAGUGGAGAGUUUCUUCAGCGACCUGGAUAACGACAAGGAUGGCGUUGUUGAUUUCAAGGAAUACGUCACUUUUGUGACUGCCCUUACCGUGAUCUUCCACAAGGAAUAGACACUUUGGCCACAUUUCUUCACAACUUUCUUGCCUUAUUAAAUUUGUACAAACUGAAAAUGCUGAGUGCUUCAAUUUGCACCAGUAUUGCAGUCUACAAAAUAUUCAUCCAGAUGUAUUGUUUCCAGUCCCUAUCCCUUUGCAAUCAGAGUGGUUCCCAACCUUUUCUCUUGUGAUUCAAAAAAAAAAAAACCUGCUCAUAUCUCAUUAUCUCAGGUUAUUGCGUGUGGACAUGAGCUGUGAUUUUUCCUUCUUUAAUUUCUAACUGCUAUAUUAUGCUGUUCUCUGCUAUGCUGUUAUACUCUGUCGUCACAGACAACCUUCUUUAUUUGUUCCAUUUAAAUGAUUUUAAGAUAUCUGAAUAGGUGAAACAAUCCACUGUUUAACAAUAAAACAAAGGCUAA